GUUACCAAUACCCAUGCCCUCGUGAUCUCAUCUUCUCUCUCUCUUUCUCUCUCUCUCUCUCUCUAUUAUUUCAUAUCCCUUCCUCGCCGACCCCCUUAAGAAUCCUCCAGUUUCUCACGUCUCUCCAAAUCAUCCAAAUUCACUGCCCUUCUUCUUCUUCUUCUUCACCAGAGGAUUUUGGUCUGUUCUCCAUUGAACCGCAGCAAUAAUGCUUGACCCGAGAAACGUUUCCCUGCUGCACUUGUUUUUCACCUUCCUAAUCUUCGGCUUCGCUAUCCCAUCAACCACGUCAACAGCAACGACGGUUGCGGUUAAAACUGAAGCGUCAACCACGACAUCUCCGGUUGCAGCAGUAGUCUCCAGAGACCAAGUUACAUGCACAAUGUGCGCCGCAUGCGACAACCCGUGCCAGCCUUUGCCUUCGCCCCCGCCGCCCCCACCAGAGGUAGAGUGCCCGCCUCCACCAUCUCUGCCCCCGCCUCCCCCGCCAGAAGUUGAGUGCCCGCCGCCGCCAAUGCCGCCGCCCUGCAGUGUGUGCGAGUCACCGCAAACUGGAAGCGUCCACGCUUCCCCGCCUCCGCCAGCCGCGGGCAGCGGUGGCGGUAGCAUUUAUGCGCAGCCGUACGGCGGGUACUACCCAAUGCAGCCUCCACCAAAGCCUAUCGUGCCGUAUUUCCCAUAUUACUACUUCAGCCCUCCACAGGCUUUUGUGGACUCCAGUUCUCUCCACUUGGAGAUGAAUGCCGCUGUUUUUGCCACUUCUCUUGUUCUUAGUGCGCUUCUCUACGUGCUACAUUUCUAGAAACUGCCCCCGAUGAUAAUGUCUUCCCUCAUUGUACUCAAUUUCUUAGCAAAAACAUAGUCACUUUUUUUUCUGUUUUAGCGUGUCGUUACCAAUUAAUGCUUCAUGCAUAGUCGAGAAUGUGAUCGAAUCAGAGUACAACACCCCAUUUUAGAAGGUAGAUUAGUCAUUUUUAUGUGGCACAAUAAUGAGAAUUUGUUUUUCGUUUGAGAAAAGUUUUCUCUUUUUUAUGUGGAUUA